AUGGCGGGGAUGGAACCCCGCAAAACCCCUCCGGAGUACUUCCUGGAGAUCUUCGCCGACACUACUCAUGUGCGAGAUGUGCUGAAGGGUGUCCUGAACCUCAUCUUCUUUCACCGUUACUUCCCUUCCAUCCGCCCGGUCACCUUCGACGUGCUCGAUUUCACACUUCCCGCUAUCAAUGAUGCAGAUCUAGAGACACUGAUCGAUUCGCGUGUAUCGUCUCUAGUCCGGCAGCACCUCUCCUCCGCGGCCGGCGGACAUGAUGGCCAGAUUGCCAGCGGGGGUGGGGGUGUGCGAGGACGGAUCGCAGUCGAGUUCUAUGAGAAGAAGCGACGUCGCUCAGGGCACUGGUUUGGUGGCCUGACAGGGAAAGGCGAGGAGGAGGUGUGCUGGGAGAUCUGGACACUCGACGUAACUAUCGCGACACCGCGCACUGAAUCUGAACGUGCUAAAGUCCGCAAGGCAAUGGGAAAUAUGCUCCAGAAAGCUGCUUUGAAAAUUCUGAGUGUUGUCAACCGUGACAAAGACCAUAUUCCGCCCAUCACUACCAGCGAGUCCAACCCGUUCCCCUACCGAGUUGUCGUCAAUCCUCGCGCUGACGGCUGGGGUAAUCGCAUGGGACUCUACUGA